AUGGCGGCGGCAGCCCACUCUCUGAGCUCUCGCUCGAGGUUGCGCGCUUAUACCCGGGAUGACGGCGCAGUCGGGCCGGGUCAGCUGACCGGCUUGUUUGCGCCCGGGCCGUCACGUGUGCCCGGCGGCUUGCGCGGGGCGGGGCCGGGCGAGGCGAAGCCCCUCCCUCCACCAGCCCCCGCCGGGGCCGCGCAGGACCCCCGGGGCCGCCCUACCUCUCCACCAGCGCCCGGCCGCCCCGACCCAGGGCUGCGGGGACGCGCGCCGGGAAGGCGACGGCCCCGGGCCGCUCCGGCGGGCUGGCUUCCCGGCUGUGUGCCGACCGAGGCCCUUCCGCCCUGCAGGGCCCUGCCCCGCGCCCUCCCGGUAACCCGCGCUGCCCCAGGCCUCCUGCCCUCCCUCUCUUCUUUGCCUGGCAGUCGUCCACACGGUGCUCUGGAAGCUCCCGCCACCCAGACGGGCCUUAUCCCCCCUCUCCAAGGGUCCACAUCCCUCCGCCUCCCCACCCCCAGCACCGUUCCCACGUCCCAGCAGAGGAGCAGCUCCGGGCCUGGCCCUGCCCUAGCAGCCUGGGUCCUCCUUCCUCUGAGGUUCCCACGGCCCCCUCAGAGGACUCCGGGCAGCGGGUCUCCCAGCUGAGGCCCUUCACUAGGGCCUUCUGCCACCUGGGAGGGAGUCCCUUGCUCAGGCAGCGCUCA